AUGAGAGCACUUAAAGCCAUGGCAGUCACACUGGUGGUAAUGGGAACUGGAAUUUUCUUCCCUUUCAUCUUGAGACGCAGAGAAGCCUUGUGGGGGAAGACGAUGAAGUCCCGUGUUACCCAUGUGGUGGAAGCGAGCCAGCUCAUGGUGGACAAUGCAGUCUACAGCACCAUGAAGAGGAACCUCAAGAAAAGGGAAGUCCUUUCCCCAACCCAGCUUCUCUCUUUCUCCAAGCUGCCAGAGUCCACCAGUGGGGCUGUUUCCCGAGCAGCAGAGAUCAUGGAAACAUCAAUACAAGCCUUGAAACGUGAACAAUCACAGUUCUUCACAGAUGCCCUAGCAGCAGACCUUCUAGGCACAAUUGCCAACCUGUCAGGAUGCUUGCCGUUCAUGCUGCCUCCAAGAUGUCCUGAUACAUGCCUGGCAAAUAAGUACCGACCCAUCACAGGGGCUUGCAACAACAGAGAUCACCCCAGAUGGGGAGCCUCCAAUACAGCCCUAGCAAGAUGGCUGCCUCCUGUCUAUGAAGAUGGCUUCAGUCAGCCCAGAGGCUGGAACCCUGACUUCUUAUACCAUGGCUUCCCACUGCCCCCAGUUCGGGAGGUGACAAGGCACCUCAUUCAAGUUUCAAAUGAGGCUGUGACAGAAGAUGACCAGUACUCUGAUUUCCUGACGGUGUGGGGACAGUACAUCGAUCAUGACAUUGCUCUCACACCACAGAGCACCAGCACAACAGCCUUCUGGGGAGGUGUUGACUGCCAGCUGACCUGUGAGAACCAAAAUCCCUGCUUCCCCAUACAGCUUCCCUCCAACUCCUCGGGGACCACUGCCUGCCUGCCUUUCUACCGCUCCUCAGCCGCCUGUGGCACUGGGGACCAGGGAGCUCUCUUUGGCAACUUGUCUGCGGCCAAUCCGCGGCAGCAGAUGAAUGCCUUGACCUCCUUCCUUGAUGCAUCCACUGUGUAUGGCAGUUCGCCUGGCGUUGAGAAGCAGCUGCGUAACUGGAGCAGCUCCGCAGGGCUGCUGCGGGUCAACACACACCACCGAGACACAGGCCACAGCUAUCUGCCCUUCGCAUCUGCUGCCUGCGCUCCGGAGCCUGGUGCCCCACGUGCCACCCGCAGGCCCUGCUUCCUGGCUGGCGAUGGCCGUGCAAGCGAGGUCCCCGCCCUAGCAGCAGUACACACCCUGUGGCUGCGUGAGCACAAUCGCCUGGCUGCUUCAUUCAAGGCCAUCAACACACACUGGAGUGCUGAAACUGCUUACCAGGAAGCUCGCAAGGUGGUGGGCGCACUGCACCAGAUCAUCACCAUGAGGGAUUAUAUCCCCAAGAUCCUUGGUCCUGAUGCCUUCAGGGAGUAUGUGGGCCCCUAUGAAGGCUAUGACCCUACUGUGAACCCUACUGUUUCCAACAUCUUCUCUACUGCUGCCUUCCGCUUUGGCCACGCCACAGUCCAUCCGCUGGUGAGACGGCUGGAUGCUGACUUCCAGGACCACGUAGACCUUCCCGGGCUGCAACUCCGUGAUGUCUUCUUCAGGCCCUGGAGGCUUAUCCAGGAAGGUGGUUUGGAUCCAAUAGUGAGAGGCCUCCUAGCAAAACCAGCCAAGCUUCAGGUACAGGAACAGCUGAUGAAUGAGGAGCUAACUGAGAGGCUCUUUGUGUUGCCUAAUGUUGGUACCUUGGAUCUGGCAUCGAUGGACUUGCAGAGGGGCCGUGACCAUGGCUUACCAGGCUACAAUGAAUGGAGAGAGUUCUGUGGCUUGUCACGCCUGGAAACACCAGUCGAACUGAGCAGGGCCAUUACCAACAGAAGCAUGGUCAACAAGAUAAUGGACUUGUACAAGCAUGCAGACAACAUCGACGUCUGGGUGGGAGGCCUGGCUGAAAACUUCCUGCUGGGGGCCCGUACUGGCCCUCUGUUCGCAUGCAUCAUUGGGAAGCAGAUGAAAGCCCUGAGGGAUGGAGACAGGUUUUGGUGGGAGAACAGCCAUGUCUUCACAGUCGCUCAGAGGCAGGAACUGGAAAAGCAUUCACUACCUCGGGUCAUCUGUGACAACACUGGCCUCACCAGGGUACCUGUGGAUGCCUUCCGUACUGGAAAAUUCCCCCAGGACUUUGAGUCCUGUGAAGACAUCCCUAGCAUGGACCUUGAAGUGUGGAGGGAGACCUUUCCACAAGAUGACAAGUGUGUCUUCCCAGACAAGGUGGACAAUGGAAACUUUGUAUACUGUGAAGAGUCUGGGAAGCUGGUACUGGUGUAUUCCUGUCUCCAUGGAUACAAGCUGCAAGGCCAGGAGCAGGUCACAUGCACCCAGAAUGGAUGGGACUCUGAGCCUCCUGUCUGUAAAGAUGUUAAUGAGUGUGCAGAUUUGACACACCCACCUUGCCACCCCUCUGCAAAGUGCAAGAACACCAAGGGAAGCUUCCAGUGUGUGUGCACAGACCCCUAUGUGCUAGGUGAGGAUGAGAAGACCUGCAUAGAUUCUGGCAGGCUGCCUCGGGCAUCCUGGGUCUCCAUUGCGCUGGGUGCACUCCUCAUUGGUGGGUUGGCCAGCCUCACCUGGACUGUAAUUUGCAGGUGGACACAUUCUGAAAGGAAAUCCACAUUGCUGAUCACGGAGGGAAAUGUAAGAGUGACCACCCAGUCAGGAUUAAAAAGCAGUCAGGAGAGGGGGAUUUCUCCACACAAGGCUGCAACUCAAGACACCGGACAGCUUCUCAUUCCUAUAUAA